AUGGAUCCGCAUACACUGAAGAUGGCCCAGUUGAAGGGCAUAUUGGCCCAGUAUCAGCUGUCCACCAGCGGAAGAAAGACCGAGUUGAUAGCUCGUAUGCAGGAGGCCGAUCCUACAGGAGGAUGGAUACUAGAAGCUUCGCAACAGACGGAAGCUAACAAUGAUAACGCCGGCAAUUACGUAGAUCCAGAGAUCGGCGCGUCAUCACAAAGAGACGAGGCGGAUCAACGAGACUCAGACAACGCCCAUAGUCGCCGGGAAAUCGAUCUGCUAAUGCGGGAACGAGAGCUAAUGCAGCGGGAAAUUAACCUGCUAAAUAGAGAAAACGAAUUGUUGCGAGCAUCCCCAGGAACAACAACGUCAUCAACAAUAUCAAAAGCCACGAUGAGGAUCAAAAGCAUCGGUGAGCUGCUUAAUGAGUAUGUCGGAUCCAACGAAAAUUUUAUACAAUGGAAGGCUCAGGUAAACUUAAUACGAAAUACAUAUGAGCUCGACGAAAAUGCAACUAAAAUUCUAAUCAGUUCAAAAUUGCGGGGAAAGGCUCAAGAAUGGUAUCACUCGUUGGCAGACCAUUUAACAUUAUCGGUGGAUAUGCUGCUAGACAAAAUGGACGCCAUGUUCAACCAGCCCAUUGGACGAUUAGAAAGGAGACGACAGUUUGAAGAUAGACAGUGGAAAAGAGACGAAACGUUCAGCGACUAUUGCCAUAGCAAACUCAUUUUGGGAAAUCGAGUCCCAAUUGCUGAUGAUGAGAUGAUAGACUACCUGGUAGAGGGAAUACCGUCGGAGAGCUUACGGAACCAAGCCAAAAUACAGUCUUUCCCGUCCGUGCAGGCAUUGCUGACAGCAUUCCGUAAAAUUAAAUUGAGCACGACGGACGUAACUGCACGCCGUGAGUACGGUGGUACCAAACCAAACAGAUUCAAAAACCAAGAAUCAAAAACAAUUCAAAAAGGAUCCGACGAUUCCAAAUCCAGACCCAUCAAUAGAGGUGUUGUAAGAUGUUACAACUGCGACGUGACGGGCCAUUACGCCAAAGACUGUCCGGAUAAGAAGAAGAAAGAAGGAGAGAAAUCGAGCGGCAAGGGGGCCUCCGCACCAAAGGAACGUAGAGCUGAUCGUCAAGUGGGAUUGAUUCAUAACGACAAGAAGCACACAUUAGAGAAAACUUCUGAGGAUGAUGAACAGCAUGAUGAAGACGACGAAAUUCAAUUUAUCGACAUGCGUUCUGAUCCUAGCGAUGAGUUCCAGCAAACCGUAAAUAUUAAGAUAGAAAAUAACGUUAAUAACUCUUGUCUGGCUCGAAUAGAUACCGGGUGUCCAAUCACUCUCAUUAAAGAGCAAUUAGUAAAAAAUAGAAAUUUGCGCGUUCCGGGCAAAGAGUGGAGCAGAUUUCGAGGAAUCAAUAAUUCUAAGCUUAUUAUUAAGGGGUUAAUAGAUGUACAAGUUACCUUAGAUGGGGUCACUGCAACAGUUACUAUGGGUACUGUUCCGGAUUCCACGAUGUCUGUUCCGUUGUUGUUAGGCCGAGAUAUACUCAAGUUAUUAGGAUAUAAGUUGACUCGCAAUCCUAGUUACGAUCGGGUAGUUAGCGAAAUUCUAAAUAUAGACAACGAGUACAAUACUUCUGAUUAUAUUAAUACUAAUCUCAAUGUCCCUAUCGAAUAUAGGCAGACGAUGGAGCACAUUUUCAGUAAACAUUAUUUGGAACCCAGCAGGCCGGAGUCACCGAAAGUUAAAAUGGAAGCUACUUUGUCACUAAAGGAAAAUAAGAUUGUUCAGUUCGGACCAAGGAGGUUGGGAUUCGCUGAAAGGGAUAAGGUUAUAGUGAUACUGGAUGAUCUAAUAAAAAAAGGAAUAAUCCGAGAAAGUACCUCUGAAUAUGCAUCACCGGUCGUCUUAACGAAGAAAAAAAACGGCGAGAUCAGAAUGUGUAUCGACUACCGUGCCCUUAACAAAAUACUGGCCCGAGAUAACUAUCCGCUCCCACUGAUUGAGGACCAAAUAAGCAACUUGAGAGGUAAGCGAUUCUUUAGCAAAUGUGACCUAAAAAAUGGAUUCUACCACAUAGCGAUGUCCUCUGAAUCAAUUAAAUAUACGUCUUUUGUGACCCCAAUGGGGCAAUUUGAAUUCCUGCGGCUACCAUUUGGUCUCAAGAUCGGGCCUCAAUUAUUUCAACGAUUUAUUAACGAAGUUCUGAAGGACUUAAUCAGGGCCGGUACGGUCAUUGUUUAUAUGGACGACAUAUUAAUAGCCACCGAGACAGACGACGAGCACUUACAAAUUCUAAAACAGGUUUUCACAGCACUGGUACAAAACAAAUUGGAGCUCCGUCUUGAAAAAUGCUCAUUUUUAGAUACCGAGGUAGAAUACUUAGGAUAUCGGAUUACAAAGGAUGGAAUCAGACCGAAUGACAGAGGCAUUGAAGCAGUACUGAAUUUUCCGGAGCCUAAGACAACUAAAGAGGUUCAUUCAUUUGUAGGAUUAACUUCUUACUUUCGAAAAUUCAUAAAGGGAUUUUCCGUAAUUGCUCAACCACUAAAUAAUUUGCUAAAAAAGGAUGCCCACUUUAACUUUGGAAAUGCCGAACGAAACGCGUUUACGACUCUUAAAACCAAAUUAACAAAGGCUCCAAUUCUCGCAAUAUAUGAUCCCAAAGCCUACACUGAACUGCACUGUGACGCGAGUGCACAAGGAUUUGGAGCAGUUUUGUUGCAGCGCCAAUCGAACAAAGAAAUGCAUCCAGUCUUUUAUUUUAGCCGACGCACUACGGCGACCGAAUCUAAAUAUCACAGCUUUGAACUCGAGACUCUGGCUAUAGUAUACGCAUUACGUAGAUUUCGCAUCUAUCUACAAGGAAUCCACUUUACAAUAGUCUCUGACUGCAGUGCAGUCACCCAAACAUUGGAAAAACGCGAUAUAAAUGCUCGAAUUGCCAGAUGGAGUCUCGAGCUCCAAGGCUAUGACUUCAAGGUGGUGCAUCGACCCGGCCGCCGAAUGACUCACGUGGAUGCUCUAAGCAGAUCCUUUGGUGUACUCGUUAUAGAGGAUAACCCGUUUGAAUGGAAUCUGUCAAUACUGCAAUCACGGGACCCUAGGCUUAAAGAUCUGAUUUCGAAACUUGAGUUAGCAGAAGAUCCGCAUUACGAAUUAAGAAACGGACUAAUCUAUAAGAAGCACGGCGGAAAAGCUUUAUUUGUAGUACCAGAUUCAAUGGAGAAACAUGUAUUGUUCCGAUAUCAUAAUGAGAUGGGUCACAUAGGGAGUGGAAAGAUGAUUGAGUGUAUUCGACGCUCGUAUUGGUUCCCUAAGAUCCGGGAGAAGUGUGAAGAGCACGUGCAAAAUUGCCUAAAAUGCAUUUCUUUUUCACCAACGUCGGGCAAGAAAGAAGGAUAUUUACACCCAAUCCCUAAAGGAAACCGCCCUUUUGAUACCUUACACAUUGACCAUUUCGGGCCGGUUGAUAAGCAUACCUCCUUAAAGAAAUACAUUUUCCUCGUGGUCGACGCGUUCUCUAAGUUUGUCCGAUUAUUUGCUACAAAAACCACUAAUUCAAAAGAGGCUAUAGUUUAUUUAAUGCAAUAUUUUCAGAAUUAUGACAAACCGGCAACCAUCAUCUCCGACAGAGGCACAGCGUUCACGUCACAGGACUUUGAGACAUUCUUGAAGAAGUACAACGUUUGUCAUAUCAAAAUCGCUGUCGGAUCACCACAGGCAAACGGCCAGGCCGAACGGAUAAAUAGAGUUCUCGCCCCCUGCCUAGCAAAACUAACGGAUAAAGAGUCCGGCCAACAUUGGUACAAAGUUCUUCCCGAAGUCGAGCAUGCCAUUAACAACACCGUAAACCGAUCGACCGGGAAAAGUCCCAGCCAGGUGGUUUUCGGAAUUGAUCAACGUGGUCGCCAUAACGAUCAAAUUCGAGAUUUCCUCAGCGACGCCCUCGAUAGUUCUCGAGACUUAGAAACUAUCCGGGAAAAGGUCAAACAACGAAUCCAGAAAUCUCAACAACAGCAGAAAUCAAUAUACGAUGCCAAACGUAAAAUGCCUAGACGAUAUAAAUGCGGUGAUCUAGUAAUGAUCAGAAAUUUUGAAAGCACGCCAGGUAUCAGCAAAAAGCUAAUCCCACAAUUCCGCGGUCCGUACGAGAUAUCUAAGGUACUUCGUAAUGAUCGGUACAUAGUAUCAGACCCUGCUGGAUUUCAAAACUCCCAAAAGCUCUAUGUUGGAACUUGGGACACAAAUAAUUUGCGACCAUGGAUAACUCCAGCGAAUGCUGCCCCUGAUUAA